AUGAAAAUCGACUAUAAGGGCAAUCUAGAAGACUUUAAUUUUGAUCAAUUACUUAACGAUAUAACUAAAGCAGAAGAUGCGCUUAAUGAACUUGAUGGAAGGCUUGAUAACUUUAAUGCUAAAAUUGAUGCAAUGUUGUUAAACAGUGACAGUUCUCAAAAAAAGUCUUAUGAGAACAAUGCAUCGUCAAAUGUCAUUGAAAAUUUAGACAAAUCCGAAACAUUAGAUCCUGAAAAUAAAUAA